AUGGUUAACGAAGAUCAUUAUAUAAAAACAAUUGUACGACGUUAUGAAUAUUGUUGUCCUAAUCAUGAAUUUGAUCGAGCAUUUAAUAUCUACGAUCAAAAACGAAAUGAUACUAUUGAAUUACGAGAAUACUAUCGAUUAAUUUGGAUUAUAGAAAGAUCAAUAAUAAUAGAAAAAAUAUCAAACUUUAUUGAAUGUGUAAACAUGGCUAAUGAUAAAAGUUUAAAUUAUGAACAAUUUAAACAAUUUGUUAGACUUGGACAUGGAAGAGAAAUACUUUUUAAUAUGAAAGAACCGAUGUCAAACAAGACAUUUACAUCAGAAUCAAUCAUUAGUUCAGGUCAAGAACAAUCAUCAAUGUCAAAUAUAGAAAAGAUCAAUUUAGAUACGCAAAUUGAUGGUCUUUGUUCAAAUUCAAAAAAUUCAUCUGGUCUUCCUGUAGCAAUCGUUGAAACUAUUCAACCAUCAAUUUCAUCAACAACAAAUCCAGCUGAUUCUUCGAUUAACCAACAUGAUAAAUCAUAUUCAUAUGAUAUUCAUUCUUUAAAAAGUAUUCACUCAAUUGAAAUAUCAGUUGAUGAUUCUCAAAUGACACAAAACCGUUCAAGUAUUGAUGAAGAAGAAAGAUCUUUUAUUGAUUCGACAUCCAAUGAUAGCCGAAAUGAACCAACAACAUUAAUAAUGGCAGUUCAAUCAAUGAUGAACGAUGUAAAACUUGAUUUUAAUAAACGUUUUGGCAAUUUAGAUGAAAAAUUCCAAAAGAAAUUUGACCAAUUAGCACAAAAAUUAGAUAAUAUUUACGAAUCUAAUGCUAUUACAUCAAUAAUGAAUAAGAUUCGCGCAGAUCACAAUAUAGAAAUACCAUUCUUACCAACAAACCGAAUAUUUCAUUCAAGUUAUUCAAAGAAGAGCAAAAUAUUAUUUAGUGAUUUCGAACAAUAUCUUAUUGAGAAUUAUAAAGAUCGAUAG